CGCACAGUUGUAGAAUUUAUUUUAAAGCCCUAACCGGAGACGUCAAGCCCAGUCCCAGACAAGCAGGAUGGUGAGAGUGAGCGGAGCACUGCUUGGAGAUGCAGGGGUCGCAAUGAGCAAGACCCUCUCAGAGAUACUGGUUUGCCCCCUCUCGAAACAGCCCUUGAGGCUAUGUGCGAAAUCCCAUUCUCUAAUCAGCGACGCCAUUGGUGUUGCUUAUCCGAUAGUGGAUGGGAUACCUUUCCUUGUGCCAAAGGAUGGGAAGAUAAUCGAUAACGACGACAUGCCAGAGUCUGAGGGUGCUGUUGGCUCACCUGAUGAAAAACGAAAGUCAAGCGUAUAGCCAAAGGGGAGCUCAUCUGAUUUCUAGAAGGCCAAGAGACUACACCUCCAAGGCUCCAACUCUCUUACGCAACACUCUUUUCUCUCACGUAACGUAGCAACUGCAACUCCUCAAGUUUUUCUCCAGUUCUGAUUGAGGUGCUUCACUGCUUCUCCAAGCCAAGGUAACAUGUCGACAAUCCUUGCUUCUUCUUCUUCUUCUUAUGUUGCUGGCAAGAGGGAGGGGGACAAGGGCAUCAACUUCAAAUGCUCCAAUGGAUCUUGACGAGGAAGAAGAAGAUGGAAAGGGAGAUGAUGUAGAAGAAGAUAUUAGAGAUGAUACUUCUGAUGAUGAAAAUAUGGAUACAUUUGAUCUUGAUGAUGAGAAUGAUUUCUAGUUUAUUAUGUAUAUCUAGUUAAUCCUAAUUAAAAUUUAGCCAUUUAGGACUUAUUAAUGGUUUAAGGUUGAUCAUUUAACUUUUUCUUUUAAAUUGACUGUUGACUUGAAGUCUUAAAACUAACAUUUUUUGGUGGGUUUUGCUUAAGUUUAAUGACAUUUUUAGUACUAUUUUGUUGUCUUUUAAUUAUAUAUGUCAAAUACUAAUUUUGUUUUUUAUUUGUGGUGUUUAAAUGUCGAUUCUUUUUUCUGAUUUGUUGAAAUAUAGUGGAAUUUAAUUUGCUGAAAUUUACAAGUAUGUCAUGAAGUAUGUUUAUGUUGUGAUUUAUUUAAUAUAUGUUGAAUUCUUGAAUUUUUUGAUAACAUAAAUGUUGAUAUGUGAUUAGGAUCUAUUUUAUGACUUAUUAUUCAAUUAAGAAGUAUAUUUUUUUUUUUCUUAGUUAGCAUGCGCCUUGCACCUGUCAGGCGUGCACCUCGCCUUGCGCCUUAUUGCGCCUUGGGUCUUUAACAACACUGGCUGCCAUGUAAGGUGGGGCACUCGCCUGACCGAUUGAGGAUAAAAUUGAAACAAAAGUUAAAGUUCGAUAAUUAAAUUGAAACAAAGGUCAAAAUUGGAUAAAAUUAAAAAUUGACCCUAAGUUUAGGAUACAACAGUCAAAUCGGCCUUAUAUAGGCAUAAUUUUUUUCUGUAAAUGUCUUAUAUUUGUAUUGAACACAAAGCCGUCUUUUAGAGAACUAAUUUUUGCAAGCGUCAACAUUUACGUGCACUGUUAUUUUUGGGUAUGGGCAAUAAGAAAUACGAUCUCUUGAUAAUUUUAUAGAUUAAAUCCUAAAGUUCUUUCUGAAGUAUUUUUAAGUUGGUAGACUGGUGUUCAUUUUUAGGGGUAUCGCUUGGUGUAGUGCAAAUAAUGCAACAGGUGUCUCUAGUCACGCCCCUUCUAAACUCUUGAUUUAUGAACACCACUAUUGGAUAAUGCCCUUAUAGUUGUUCUGUGUGCACAUAUUGUUUUGGCAUCAAUGAAAUUCAUUGCUCAAAUUUUUCAUUUAAGACACCUCUCUUUUUUGUUUUUGUAUUUUUUUUUUCU